UUUUGAUGAAUUUAAUUCAUUAUCAAAUAAUACUUCUGAUUCAACUUCUAAAAAAUUAAAAGAUAGUUUGUUAAAUCAGUUUGUUCUUCAACAAUACAAAGGUGCUAGUCUUGAUAAGUUGUACUAUUUAAUAUUAAAAGCAACUAUUUUAAAUAGUUGGAGUUUUCGUUGGGUUAAAAACUCUAAUUCUAUAGAACUUUUUCGGUUCAUUAAUUCUGCAAUUAAACUAUCACCACGAAGAACAUUAAGUAAAAUAAUCUUAUCAAAUGCAUCUAAUCAUUUGGUUAAUGAAAUUCAGCAAAAAGCUCAAAAUGAUAUCUAUGUAUUAGUUUGGCAAGCUCAAGAUUGUAGUGAAGAUAGAGUUCGAACAAAUGAUGUAAAACAAAAAAUUAUAGAAAUAGUGCAAAGUAUACAGGACAAAAAUAUUAAAGUAGCUUCAGUUGUUACAGACAGUUAUGCAUCUUAUCAAGCAGCAAGCAAUGAAAAUUCUGAUUUUUUUGGACAAUUAAGUUUUAAUAAAGAUAUAUUAGAACUGCUAAUUCAUAUUUGUGAUUCAGUUAAUACUACUUUUGCAUAUUGUGGAUAUUUAAAUAUCUUUCAACGUGAUGCUGCAAGAUUGUAUGAUGUAUUAUAUUCAUUCAGCUAUUUUUAUGAAAUUCUGUCACAAAAUUCAGAUUUAGAAUUUGGAGAACGUCUUUGUCAACGGCUUGAAAAAAGAUGGAAAGAAUGGGAACAGCCGAUUAUUAUCUUAUCAUAG